AUGUCUGAAAAUAAAUUUAUCGAUUCAAGAUCAAUCGAAUUAAUAUUUGAAAAUUACGAAUAUGAUCCUCGCUACAGAUAUCUUUUCUUUUUAAAAGAUAAUAAAUAUUUGAAUCUUGAUGAUUUUAGAUAUGAAAGUGAUUAUUUCAAAAAUGUAUCACAAAUUAAAGUUUCUUUUGGGAAAGAAAGACAAGCAUUUCUCAUUGACGAGAGACAGACUUAUGAUAUUUAUUAUAAGGAAAAACCUUUUAUGAAAAUAGAACCUGACGAUUAUACUUUUAGUAAUUGUGGUACAAAUAAUGAGGAUGAGGGAAGACAUGAAUAUCUUAUUUUUAACUCUAAAAAAGGAAAAUUAAGAGAAAUUCCAGAUAACUUUACAUGCAAAUAUAAUGGAAAUCCUCUUGAAAAGGUUAAAUUUAAUGGGAGGGAAUGUUUUGAAAUCACUGAUAUCAGUGAAUAUUUUAUUUACAAAGAUGAUAAAUUUUAUCAUAAGAUAGUAACUGAAUUAGUUUGGGAAUAUAAAUUUAAAGAUAUUUACAAUUGUAACAUAUGUUUUGAUUAUACUGAAAAAAUUUUUCCAAUACCAAAUUGUCAAUGUUCUGCACCAGUCUGUAAAGCUUGUAUCUAUAAGUCAGUGAGGAGAUAUGAACAAUGUCCGUUCUGUAGAACGAAAAUAACAAUGGAAGAUUUAAAAGAAUUAAACAAAGCUAUUAAUAAAAUAAAUAAAGAUCUUGAGCGAAAAAAUAAAUCUAAUUUGAUCUCUGAAGAAAGAAAUCAAGCAUCAUCAUCUUCAACUACUAAACCAAUCAUCACAAAUCUUAAAAGAAAACAUGGCAAUGAUAUUAAAGGAAAAAGUCGUGACGAUUCUUUAUUGGAUGAUUUUUGUUCUACUUUAACAGAUUCUUUUUCCACAUUAAAAAAUAAUUAUUUUUCAGAUGAUUUUUACUCUAGUUUAUACGAUGCUCCUUUUACGAGAAAAAGAGCAAGGGAUUUUAAUAAUCAUAGUUUAGAAUAUGAACUGAAAAAAGAAAAACUUCAAUUAGAUCAAGAUCUUGAAAUUCAAGAAAUCAAAUUUAAAUAUCACAAAUUAAUGAAUAAUCUUGAUGACGAAUAUUUAUACAAGAUGAUUUAUAAAAUUUAA